GGUUGGGAAUGGCGAUUGUUUGGUGAACUUUGUGGACCAGACGUCGUUUAGCUUUUGUUAGAUGUGGACAAGUUAAGAAUUUCUCGGACUGAUUGUUCGCUGGUGCAAUUCGUGUGUUGUGUGCACUUUGCGCACAUUUUGUAUUUCUCCACAUCAAGGAACGUCUCCACUGCGCCACGCUCGGCCGUGCGGGUUUCCAUAAAUCUUCAUGAUGACAUCACCAGGGUUGAUAGCAGUUCUAGCUGGCUACAUUGGGGCCACGGAACCUGCUCUCCGUCUUCUUCUUUCUCUCCUGUUUGGCUAUCCGUUGGCCAUUGUGCAUCGGUACACAAUGCGCGAUCAAUCACCGACAGUGCAGCAUAUAUUCUUCAUACUCUCUGGCCUGUGGCUAUUCUACUUUAACUUUGCACUGCUGGUGAUCCACUCCAUCAUCUGCGUGGCCGUGCUGUACCUGACGCUGCUGGUGGCCGGCGGCACGCUGGGGUCCGUUGUCUUCUCCUUCAUCUUCCAGAUGGGCUAUCUCAUCACAGGGUAUGUGUUCUCCCAGACGGACGGCUACGACAUCAACUGGUGCACGCCGCACUGCGUGCUAACUCUGCGACUGAUCGGAGUCGCCUUCGACAUGUUCGACGGCCAUAAGGACAAGGCGGAGCUGCGGCCGGACCAGAAGGACACGGCGCUGACAGAGCGGCCCUCGCUGCUGGAGAUCGGCGGGCACGCCUUCUUCCCGGCGGCGGCCGUAGUCGGGCCGCAGUUCUCACUGCGGCUCUACCAGCAGUUCACGCACGGUCAGCUCAAGUUCGCGCCGGACGCGGCCGGCCUGCCUGACUGUAUCCGACCAGCCCUGCUGCGCCUCGGCCUGGGCGCCCUCUACAUGCUGCUCUACCAGCUGCUCUACACCCUGCUGGUGCCCGACGACUACUUCCACGGGCCGGCGUUUAUGGCGUCCAGCUUCUGGAGCAAGAUGUUCUGGAUCGGUGUCUGGGUGAAAGUGAUCUUCAUGCGUUACUUGGCUGCCUGGAUGUUCGCUGAGGGAGGCUGCAUCAUGCUAGGUUUGACGUAUAACGGUCAGGACAGCAAAGGCAACCACCUCUGGGACCGACUGGCCAACGUGCGCAUCCGUGUCUACGAGAAUGCGAUCAAGUUUCAGGACUAUGUGCCUGGCUUCAACGUGAACACGAAUGUCUGGGUCUCCAAGUACAUCUUCAAACGUCUCCGUUUCCUGGGUAACAAGGAGCUGUCGCAGUUCCUCACGCUCAUGUUUCUGGCCGUGUGGCACGGCUACCAUCUCGGCUACUUCGUCGUCUUCUUCAUGGAGUUCGCCAUCGUCUUGUGGGAGAGAAAGGUGCUGGGCGCGCUCUCUCAGUACCCGUCCGUGAUGUCCACCUGCUGGGACACCUGGCUGCGGUACCCGCUGCAGCUGGUGCUGCGCCUCUACACGCUCGUCUUCCUGGGCUACUCGUGCGUGCCGUUCGUGAGCGUGGUGCGCCGCCGCUGGUGGCCGCUGCUCAGCUCGGUGUACUUCUGCGGCCACGUCAUCUUCCUGUCGUGGCCGGCGCUCGUGCCGGCCAUUCACUGGCUGAUGCGGCUGUGCGGGGUGCGGCGCGCGGCGCCACCGGCGGAGUCACCGCUGGACGACCUGACCACCAUCCAGACACCCAGCGGCCACCUCAUCACACUGACCUCGCUUUCCGGCCCGCUGAAGAGAAAGCAGCGCCGCUACAGGACGACGUUCACCAGCCACCAGCUGGACCAGCUGGAGCGGGCGUUCCAGAGCACCCACUACCCGGACGUGGUGUUGCGUGAGCAGAUCGCGGCCAGCGCCGACCUUACCGAGGCCAGGGUUCAGGUGUGGUUCCAAAACCGACGAGCCAAAUGGCGAAAGGGUGAGAACGUCACCUACAAACAGCUGACGGCGUCAUCGCUGGGCAGCCCGUCAGGUGGCGGCACGGGCGCCGCCCUGAUGGCGCUCGUGGCGCCACCCGAGGAGCAGGCGGCGGCCGGCCCAUUGAUAAGCCUCAGCGAUCUGACCAAGGACCUGAUGUUGCCGCUCGAGCCGUCGCCUCCUGCGACAUCGCCCACAAUCACCAUCGGCGACGGGCCUCCAACGCCGCUGUCCAGCCUCUGUGCCGGCCUUGACUGGGCCUCCUCCGGGCCGCUGGCGGUCGCCGACAGCGGCGUGUUCGCCGACCUGCUGAGCGCCGCCGGCGCCCACCAAUCAGCGUUCGCCGAGCCGAUCGGCCCGAUCGUGUGA